GAUUAGAUUGGAGAGAGCCAAGGAGGUACGGUUGUACUAUUGAGCAGAGGGGGAGCGUGACUGAAUGAACGCCGAAUCACAGUUAAGUCCACAGGCAGGCAGAUGGACUGGACCUAAAGCAACAAAUGGAAACAAAAAAAUAGAAAAACUGGAUGGAUACUGCGUAUAAAGGAUGAAGUGUUUGCCUUAAUAUGCGUGUAUCUCUGCAUCAGUGCUGCGAGGAGCCCACGGGGAGGCAGAGGAAAAAGCGGACAACUCAUUCCUCUCUCUUGGAAGCAGAGCUGUGAGCCAGAACACAGUCAACUGUGGGACUCGCUGGGAUUUUGAAUAUAAUCUCAGUAAGUACUGGAACAGGCAGGGAAGGAGAGUGUUUGAAUGAUUGUUUCAGGCUGCCUCUGAUGCUUUUUUGUGAAGAAACAGAAAAGAAAGGGAGAAGCACACCAGUGAUUCUUCUUUUGUGACAUGCAUUGUCAAAUUGUAUUUUUUCCCCUCUGAUUUGACCAAGCUGCCCAGACUUGACUGUGCGUUUGUGCCUCUUCCUCAGCGCCAGUGUGUUUGAGUCAGUGUGUGUAAGCUGAUAAUAGCAGCUCCAUUGGUAUUCAGCGGAGGGAGCUCCAGGAUCUCGCUGCGCCUUUUCCCCAGGAUGGAAUCACAGAGCAGGGAUUGUGCUUGCCAGAGGAGAGCCCGCUGAAAUGGACCCAAAACCUCGGAGCAAUGGACACCAAAUGAGCAGCAUGGAAGCCAACGUGUACCCUUCAGCAGCUAGCUUUGCACACCUAACCACCUCCACCAUCUCCAGCCAUCCACUUCAGCCAGGGCUCAGCCUGCAGAGUUGAGGUUGGGGUUGCCUGGAGCCGCCUGCAGAAAACAGAGAUAAGCAGGCCUCAGAGGAGUCAACGUGCUACCAACCAGUCGAUGUGUUGAGCAAUUAAGCUGCUUGAACUUCAUCCGAAAUGAAAUAUGAUGCAGUGAAGCUCGAGCAUUGGUACGGAGCAUUUGGAUGUGUACGAAUUUAUCGGCUGGAUAUUUUGUUGAGAUUAUGACACUUUGGGCGCACUUUCGAGUUGGGUCACUUUCUCACCACAAGUUUGUGGGCGACAGCGAGUAAUUGAACCCCCCCCCCCCCCAUUGCUUUUAUUUAUUUUGAUUUUUUUCAAAUGAACAGCUUCUGUAAUUUUCCUCAAAUUUCCUGUUCUUUCUCUCACAUUGCAGAGAAAUGCAUUAUGAAGCAGCACCAUUCUUCUUCAUCCUCCCUCAGUGACGGAGAGGGAAGAGGGACAGACUGUCCAGAAUAGAUAACGAGUAAGGAGACAGCCACCGAGCAAAGGGGGGAAAGGCGGGAUAAAGCAGAAAACAGAGGGACAAGUGAAGAAAAUAACAGAUGAAAGGAGACAGACAGAAGAGAGAGAGCCAGAGAAAUAAACAGAAUUAAGUAGGGUUGUCUACAAUCCUUUUUUUAGAUUUUUUUUUGUAAUUCGUCUGGGUUGUGUUGGAGGGUAGUUAACGCCAUGGGCAGGGGAGGGCUCAGGAUUUCAGCCAGAUUGGGGGCUUGAGCAGAAGGUGAGGUGUAUGUCUGGUCUGAACCUGCCGGCUCCUCAUGUUGGUGUUUGAACUAAACUAUGGCCCUGUAAACAGACACCUGUAAGGACUGACAGAGAAGCUCUGAGACAGAAAGGAAGACAGCUACACAGCCUAAGUGUCAGGCAAAAAGGCAGCAGACAUCCAGAGCUGGCAGAGCUGACAUUCUGUAUUUCAUUGUCAUUCCACUCAGUGUUUUUAGGGAAGGUAAGAAGAUGAGAAGAGGAGCAUUCCUGUGUUUGUGGCUCCUUCAGCAUCAAUCUAAGUCCAUACUGUUGAACUGAAAAAAACAAAUAUACAGCACAGGGGGAGGGGGGUUAUUGCUAAAAAGGAAAUCCCGGUUGGAAAGAGAGAGGGUGGGUGGCAGACAGAAACAGAGCGAGAGAGCAGGUGUCAGGAAUCCUCCCCUUCAUCUGCUUGUCAUUUACUCCUUUAUGCUUGCUGGUCGUUUGGCACAGGGAUUGAUUUUCUGAUGCUGGCUUUACUCCUCCUAUAAGCCCUCUACGAUCACUUGGUUAAAGCAAGACUGAGGAGAGCAGAAAAAGACCACAACAAAAAAAGGGAAAAGAUGGAGCCCUUCUCAUUGACUGAUUUUUCACCCCCCCUUUUUCCCAUUUGUCGAGAUGGCCUCUUGUUAUUUUUUCUCUAAGUAAAGGGAAAGAAGAAAAACACCCACCCAAUCAAUCCCUCCUUCUGUUUGUACACAAGAACUGAACCCCUCCUUACAUCAGCUGUUUCUCUACAUGGAUUAUUUUUUCCUCUGAGUUUUAAACACUGGAUUGCUCAAGAUUUUCUCUAUACGUCCUCCCCUCCAAAGAUACAGGGUAAACUCCUCUAACUCCCCCGCCGGCAUCCAUUCCCUUCACCCCUCGGCUGAGGUGCAGGAACUCUGUGGUCUCGGAUCCCAGUGCCCUCGUUGACUCACCACUACAGCUAUAAUAUGACACGGCCCCUCUGACACUGUCUUAUUCAUUCUGUGUUGGUACAGGCAGCCAGCAGACCGUUCUCCAUGAGAAGCAGUAGAAGAUGCCGGCUCUGCCAGCACUGCUGCUGUCAAUACAUUUCUUCUCCUUCCUGCUAGUCACAAUGCCACCAUUCUCCCUGAGUCAGGCCCCUCUACUGUCGUCCGUCCGCAUGGCUGCCAUUCUGGAUGACCAGUCUGUGUGUGGGCGCGGGGAGCGGCUGGCACUGGCCCUGGCCAGGGAGAACAUCAACAGCAUGAUAGAGGGUCCAGUGCGAGCCCGGGUGGAGGUGGACAUAUAUGAGCUGCAAAAAGACUCACAGUAUGACACCACCGACACCAUGUGCCAAAUUUUACCCAAAGGCGUCGUCUCUGUGAUCGGUCCAGCCUCCAGCCCCGCCUCUGGCUCUACUGUCAGUCACAUAUGUGGGGAGAAAGAGAUCCCUCAUGUAAAAAUUGGUCCAGAGGAAACUCCCCGCCUGCCAUACCUGCGCUUUGCCUCAGUUACUCUGUACCCCAGCAAUGAGGACCUGAGCCUGGCUAUAGGCUCCAUCUUACGCUCGUUCAGCUACCCCUCUACCAGCUUAGUCUGCGCGAAGGCUGAAUGCCUGCUGAGAUUAGAGGAACUAGUCCGCCGCUUUCUCAUCUCACGGGAGACACUGUCUAUCAGGAUGCUGGAUGACAACCUGGACCCUACCCCACUCCUAAAGGAGAUCCGUGACGACAAAGUAGCCACCAUCAUCAUUGACGCCAAUGCUUCUAUCUCCUAUCUCAUCCUCAAGAAGGCGUCAGAGCUGGGAAUGACAUCAGCAUUUUAUAAGUACAUCCUCACCACCAUGGACUUUCCCCUCCUGAGACUAGAUGACAUUGUGGAUGAGCAGUCCAACAUUGUGGGUUUCUCCAUGUUUAACACCACACAUCCAUUCUAUUUGGAGUUUAUCAGGAGCCUGAACCUUUCAUGGAGGGAGGGCUGCGAUUUGACGUACCCCGGCCCUGCGCUCUCCUCAGCACUGAUGUUUGAUGCUGUGCAUGUGGUUGUGGGUGCGGUCAGGGAAUUGAACCGCAGUCAGGAAAUUGGAGUAAAGCCCCUGAGCUGCACCUCGCCUCAGAUCUGGCAACACGGGACCAGCCUCAUGAAUUAUCUGCGCAUGGUGGAGUAUGAUGGCCUGACUGGGCGAGUGGAGUUCAACAGCAAAGGUCAGAGAACCAACUACACCCUGCGGAUCCUAGAGAAACACAGAGGAGGCCACAAAGAGAUUGGGAUCUGGUACUCGAACAACACUUUGGCUAUGAACUCCACCAGUUUGGAUAUUAAUGUCUCAGAGACCCUGGCAAACAAGACCCUCAUUGUCACCACUAUUCUGGAGAACCCAUAUGUGAUGCGCAAGGACAAUUACCAGGAUUUCGAGGGCAACGAACAGUACGAGGGCUUCUGUGUUGACAUGCUAAGGGAGCUGGCAGACACCUUGAAAUUCUCCUUCAAGAUCAAGCUGGUGGAUGACGGGCUUUAUGGGGCCCCGGAGCCCAACGGCUCUUGGACUGGCAUGGUCGGAGAGCUGAUCAACAGGAAAGCUGACCUGGCUGUGGCGGGCUUCACCAUCACAUCAGAGAGAGAGAAAGUUAUCGACUUCUCUAAGCCGUUCAUGACCCUGGGGAUCAGCAUCUUGUACCGAGUUCAGUUGGGUCGGAAGCCAGGUUACUUCUCUUUCCUGGAUCCAUUCUCUCCAGCUGUCUGGCUCUUCAUGUUACUCGCCUACCUGGCUGUCAGCUGUGUGCUCUUCCUGGCAGCAAGGUUAAGCCCUUAUGAGUGGUACAACCCUCACCCAUGUCUGCGGGAGCGCAGGGACAUGCUGGAGAACCAGUACACACUGGGAAACAGCCUGUGGUUCCCCAUCGGCGGCUUCAUGCAGCAGGGAUCAGAGAUAAUGCCCAGAGCCUUGUCCACUAGAUGUGUCAGCGGUGUGUGGUGGGCGUUCACGCUGAUUAUCAUCUCUUCCUACACGGCCAAUUUAGCAGCCUUCCUGACCGUUCAGAGGAUGGAGGUUCCCAUCGAGUCUCCAGAUGAUUUGGCUGACCAGACCAACAUUGAGUAUGGCACCAUUCAUGGAGGGAGCACCAUGACUUUCUUCAUGAACUCGCGGUACCAGACAUACCAGCGUAUGUGGAACUACAUGAACUGCAAACUGCCCAGCGUAUUUGUGAAAAGCACAGAGGAGGGCAUCGCACGUGUACUCAACUCCAAGUACGCCUUCCUGAUGGAGAGCACUAUGAACGAGUACUACCGUGGCCUCAACUGUAACCUCACUCAGAUAGGAGGACUGCUGGACACCAAGGGCUAUGGCAUCGGCAUGCCGCUGGGAUCUCCUUUCAGAGAAGAGAUCACGCAGGCCAUCCUCCAGCUGCAUGAGAAUAACAGGCUGGAGAUCCUAAAGAGGAGGUGGUGGGAGGGAGGCCAGUGUCCCAAAGAGGAGGACCACCGUGCCAAGGGUCUGGGCAUGGAGAACAUUGGGGGCAUCUUUGUGGUGCUGAUCUGCGGCCUCAUCAUCGCUGUGUUUGUGGCCAUUAUGGAGUUUGUGUGGUCAACGCGCCGCUCGGCAGAGACUGAUGAGGUAUGCCCCCAUACCUGCCUUCGCCGACCCCACAGACACACCCCAGUGUCUGUUUGUCAAGAGAUGAUCACCGAGUUCAGAAACGCCGUCUCUUGUAAGAAGAGCUCACGAAUGCGCCGCAGACGGCCCCUGAGCAGUUCUGCAGCCUUACGACACCCUACCCGCAUUGCUCUCGGAGCCCCCCGGCCUCUGCGCCUGGUCCGUGAGAUGCGGCUCAGCAACGGGAAGCUGUACAGUGGAGCUGGCCCCCUGACUGGCGGAGCAGGAGGGACAGGACUGCCCGAUCUGGGUCCUGGGCCCCAAAGGAUCCUUGAUGAUCCGCUUGGAGCAAACACCACCCCGCCUCCACCGGCCCCCACGCCUGUGAUGCUGCCUGCCCGCAGCUGCAGCCACGUGAGGAUCUGCCAGGAGUGCAGACGGAUCCAGAGCCUGAGAUCUGACUGCAGUUUCGGAUCAACAUCAACAAGAAUACCACCCUCAUCUGCCCCCCUGCCCCGGCUGCCUCCACCCCCACCCCCGUCCUCAUCCAACACAGACAGCGAGGGUGGAGGGGGGACCAGUCCAAGGCGGCUACGCCACAGCCCUCUACCUCAAUCACCUUGUCGCAUUUCCCCUCCACCACAGAGCAGCAACAACACAGACCUGCUGGGAGACCAAGAGGGAGUGUAGGAGUGUGGGUGGGGGUUGAGGUGGAGGGGGUGUGAGAAACUCAGAUGAAUGGGUGUUGAGGUGGAAGAACACAAGAUGUAAAGGUUUCUCCAGUUUACCCUGAGGCGUACAAAUACACAACCGACUGCGUGAUAGUCAAAUAUUAGGCUGCUCAGAAGAACUGCACUUUACUGAAGGAUGGCUUCCUCUCCUCUCACUUCUCCUUCAGACUACGCUGUACUGGUUUUCUUUUUCAGAGACUGUGCUAGAGGCUAACUCACCCUUUUGGUAAAACUGAAGCCUAACUGAAGGACAAACUGUGUUCGUAUUGGCUUAAAAACUGCAACAAAAAAAAACUUUCAGAGAAUUAUUUACUGUUGUUUUUUUCUUUUGUUGUCUUUGUUUUGUUACCAUUGUUCUAAGUGGGAAUAAAUACAGACUAUGUAUAACACCUUGGUGGAUUUUAACAUUCUAAGUAAACUGACAACAGCUAAUGUUUUCCAAAAGUUUGUGUCUCUCCCUGAGCUCUGAAGCUGCUCUUUGGAUGGUACCGUGGAAGUUUGCUAAAAUCACUCAAGAAAGCAUAUAGUGGCUAACAGUUACAAGGUUUACACACUCCUGUUAAAAUUCCAGUUUGUUUUAGACUGAGACCAUGAUAAAUCAUUUCCAAACUUUCUCCACCUUCACUGUGACAUUUAUCCUAAAAAGAAACAAAUCUGUUACAGUGAAAAAUAAGAUAUAAAAGCUAAAAACAGGUUCGGUAACCUAGCUGCAUAAGUCUGCAAACUUCUAUGCUAAUACUUUGUUAAGACUUAAGUUCAGCACUCAAACUUGUUGCAAAAUUUUGUUGUUGCUCCCCCAUUUUUGUCUUGAUUUCUCUGAUUACUCCCACGACAUGUGUAGAAAGUCUCUGUUAAUCUGUAUUAUACUUUUCUAAAAAGUUAAAAAUAAAUAACUAAAUAUUU